GCAAAUGUCAUCCGCACGAAGUUGAAAAUAAUAAAAUAAACAAGAAACAAACAAAAUAAGACUGAAAAAUUCACCGCUCUUCUGCUAUAACAGAGUAUAUGUGAGUGAGAGAAGAAAAAGAAGAGAAGAAGAAGAAAGAAAGAAAGAAAGAAAGAAAGAGAAGAGAAAAUGCCAAGUAAAAGAUUUGCAGGUUCUUUAUCAACCCCAAGAGUUGAUGUGGCAAUCGACAUGGGCAAUCCCUUCCUCAAUCUCACUGUCGAUGGUUUCUUGAAGAUCGGAACUGUUGCAGCUACUAGAGCACUUGCAGAGGAUGCAUAUUAUGUCGUUAAACGAGGGAACAUUUCUCGUCGCAAUCUUGAGCAAACUGGAAAUGGUGCAUUCUUGAUUUUUUUUACUAAUGGGAGGUACUAUGGUUUGUGGUUGCAGCUGAAAAAGAUGUGCAAAGAAGGUGCUUAUUGGGGAACUGUUGCUGGAGUGUAUGUCGGAAUGGAAUACGGGAUGGAGAGGAUUCGUGGCACCCGAGACUGGAAGAAUGCUAUGCUCGGUGGUGCAUUGACCGGAGCACUGAUAUCUGCUGCCAGUAACAAGGGCAAAGACAAGAUUGUCACAGAUGCCAUAACCGGAGGUGCCAUUGCAACUGCGGCAACGUUCCUCAACUAUCUCACCUGAAUUGUGACCGGAGCUUGAACUGUUCGUACCGUGGAAAAUUUUUGGUGUUAGAUAUAAUGAUUAUCGUGUUACUUUCAUCAUAUGUCGGACUGUAAAAUCGAACAAUUGAUGUUUACUAGAAAGAAUCUGUUUUAUCUACAUCACUACUUGAAAUUCUCCUUGAAUGCAGGUUUUAUAUUUUCUGCAUCCAUAGAAUCGACUCUUCUCAGAUUCUGUACUCUUCUCAGAUUCUGUAUGCAAGUAAAAUUGGUGAUUAUUUCCAAA